AUGGCCAUCCGCUUUCGAUGGCGAUCACUUCACCUCAACGUUGUGCUGCAAUCAGACCUAUCGACACCAUCUAUGUGCUUGUCCAUUGCGCAAGGAAAAGAAAAGAUUUUCCGGAAUAACAAGGCUCCAAGCAAGGAACGAACGGCGAACGCGACUCCGUUGUGGGGAUGA